GUCACCACGGCUCUUGAGUGGACUGCGUUCGUGGCGGCGGCGGCCGAGAAGUGAGCGACUCGGUGUUGCUCGUGGACCACCGCGGCAGGGCAAUCCAGCCGUGUUUUGAUGACUAAGUGCAACAUGGAUGCGUUUGAAGACAUUUAUGUCCUUGCGCACGUUGGCAAGUCAUACUUAUGCCUGGCGAUGCGUUCACGGGCUUGAAGAAGAGAGAGACCUCGUUCAAGGUUGGUGAUCCCAUCUGACAUGCAGACCUUGUAAAAAAAAGCACAAGGGGAUCAAACAAGGAAUCCUCACGGAAGCCACGGAGUUAUGGGUAACUUCCUGAGUGACAUGCCGCCUCCCGGCUCCUUCCUGCCUGGCUUCAAGUGCCUCCAUGUUGUAGUGAUCGGGCUGGAUUCAGCUGGAAAGACCUCUCUGCUGUAUCGGCUCAAGCUGAAGGAGUUUGUGGAAACCAUCCCCACAAAAGGCUUCAACACAGAGAAGGUGAAGGUAUCGGUGGGUGGUUCCCGAGCCGUCACCUUCCACGUGUGGGACGUGGGCGGCCAGGAGAAGCUGCGGCCGCUGUGGAAGUCUUAUACAAGGCGCACCGACGGCCUGGUGUUUGUGGUGGAUGCCGCCGAAGCCGAGCGCAUGGAGGAGGCCAAAGUGGAGCUCCACAAGAUCAGCCGCAGCUCGGAGAACCAGGGUGUGCCCGUCCUGAUCCUGGCCAACAAGCAGGACCUGGACACGGCGCUAUCCGUAGGCCAGGUGGAGAAGCUGCUGGGCGUGCAGGAAUUGAGUGCUGGAACGUUACGCCACGUGCAUAGCUGCAGCGCGGUGGACGGCCGUGGCGUGCAGCAGGGCCUGGAGAAACUUUACGACAUGAUUCUCAGGAGGCGGAAGAUGGUCAAGCACAGCAGGGGGAGGAAGAGAUGAAAAGCAUGGAGUAUGGAUGAGGAAGAUCACGGCAUUGACAGGUGGCAGCAAGAAGCACAGUUCCACUCGCAGAAGAAGAUUAAUUACAGUCAUAGGAAAAAGCUGCAAUCACAACCCAAUUUAAUAUCAACUAAUGUCAAACUCAAUUUGCAACAUUGCCCUUAAAAAUGGUGUGGUGUAGUCUCUUCCACGAACAACCCUGGCAAAUUUUGGCUCCACCCCGACAUGCAAAGGUCAGAAAGAACAUCCGUGAUGCGUCACUUUAACAUAGUAUUUGCAUGACACCAAUUACUACUUUCCUAUUAUCCAGGGCUUUGCCCCUAUCCUAAGGCAUUUUUCCAUGACAAAUAUAAAACUUUCUCUGGAAGUCAUGUAAAGGCAACUUUUUUACGAUAGGUUCCAAAAAAAUAAGUGAAUAGGCGCUUUCAUAGCAUUGGUCUUCCCGAAGUAGUUUUUCUCCAGUAGUUUUUUUUUUUUAAACAAAACUAAUAAACCUACGAAGCUAGGUGAGUACGUUUGUAUUCCUCUGGCAGCAUGAUGACUGAGGAGGAUACGAGAUAAUUGUUAACGUAUUUCCAAUCUGCCAGACCAAAAGUAUUCAAUUUUGUGCCGCAAUAAGUAAUUGAUAACCUAGCUCACAAAAAAGUCACCUAUUUUGAUAAUCUCGUUAAUAUUUUCUGGUCUCCUUGGCUAGUAAACCUUUAGUGACAUUUUUAUAGACUUCACCAAGUGAGUCAUGUAGAAAAUGUUUUUAACCAUCUUGCUGUUUGUUCUGCAAUGUACUCUUUUUAGCGCCCGUUUGUGGUCAUGCGAUCAGAAUGCUACGACAAAGAGAACCUAGAAUCUGUUUGUUUUUGUAACCCUGGUGAAUGAAUAAAUCAAAGCACCACACUUGA